AUGGUCCGUGUGUGCUUGACCCUGUUGUUGGCGGCGCUGCUCCUCCAAGGAUCAGCGGCAUGGCAACCCAAUGCUCGUCAUUUAUCCAGCUCGAUGGUUCUCCGUCGUCCAGAUUCGUUGCUCGUCGUCUUGAAGAACUCCAACACUGCUGUAGAUGACGAACAACAAGACAGUUGGACGGAGGAAGGAUGGUCGGUGGCCGAUGAUUGGAAUGCGCUGUCCUCGGAAACUAAUGCCGGGGAGGAUGUCGCCAUUAACCAAGACAUUGUCCAAACUGCCGCUCAAAAGAUGCUACUCCAAGACGCCGAAGAACCCUCCCAAGAAGACAUGUGGCUCAAUGACGUUAUUGAAAAUAUUCUACAGACACCCCUCUCCUCGACACCCCUCUACGAUACGGGCUUUGCGGCAUCACAGAAAACCAUGGCAUCGCCCGAACAGCAACAACGAGCCUUUGAAGAAAACAUGGCCAAAGAAAUUGCCAUGCUCGUACGAUGCAAUGAGAGUCCCGAAGACAUGCUGGUACAAGCGGGACGAGCCUUGCCCGAAUUGACCACACUGCAAAAGACAGACGUGGCACAGCUACUCACUUGGAACGACAAACAAGACAAUGCAUGGGAACCCACGCCCUUUUUACAAGAGGCAAUCGCCACCAUGUUCAAGAGGCAUGCCACGGCAAUCCGCAAUAAUAAUAAUGACACUACUACCACUACAGCAACCAUGGAUGCCAAGGCAGUAAGUCGAUGGAUGACCCAAAGCAUGGGGUCCGAUUUGGACUCGUAUACCACCCGAGGGCGAUCCAGGUCGGCCAAAGAUCUAGUGGAAGACAUGGAUCAUUCGACACGAACAACGAAAAAGGUGGUCAAGAUUGGGCCUCAUGACAGUCGGGUCCUCAAGCUGCUCUCCCAAUACUCCAAGUACGGAACGGGAAGACUCAGCCUCGAGAACCUACAGCAAGUUUACAUGGAUGCCUUGACGCGACUGCCCAACGGAAUGCCAGUCACUAGUGAUGAAGAUCACAAUCCCUUGGAGAUUCUGCAAUUGCGCAAUGCUGAUCAUAUCCGUCAAGUAUGGAGGGAUUUGAGCAAUCAUGGCAUUGUAGCACCCAAUGUACAAGAGUGGAAGAAGCAACGUGCUCAAUUGGAAGCUCAACUUGGAAAGAGCCUUCUGGCAGCCAAAAACGAGCAGCAACAAGGACAAGACUUUGUCGAUGAAUGUGAAAUCUUGGAUCUGACCUACUACGAGCCACCUACCACCACGGACACGGAUGAACAUCACGAUGAAAAGAAUCACAAGUACAUUCGUCAGAGCAGUCAUGAACACGUGGACUUGGCACCCGACGGGAAAACACCACUCUACAUGACUGAAGGAGAAUUUGUCUUUAUCGACGAAGAAAGUUGCAUUGGAUGCAUGCAAUGCGUCACGGCGGCACCCGCCUCCUUUCUCAUGCUUGAAAAUGGACGUGCUCGGACGUUUCACCAACGCAAGGGCCCCGACGUCAAACAGGGUGUCGCGGCCUGCCCCGUCAAUUGCAUGCAUCACGUGUCGUAUGACGAAUUGAAGGAAUUGGAAACCGUUCGGGACAAGGGCGAUGGUCGAGAUGAUCACAAGCACAUGGGUCAUCGUCGAGGACAUACUCCAUUGUAUGUGGCGGGUAUUGACAGCGACAACAAUCAUCGAAGCAGUUGGUAUCAUCAUAUCAAGAACAAGUGUUGCACAUCAGGACAGUGCCCUCAACGAGGCUGCUUUGAUUGUCCAUCCUACAGGGCAUCCGGAGAGAACCCAUUCUUCAAGAAGAAAGCCAAAAAAGCGCAGCAUAUUCGUGCACAACACUUCAUUGAUCGCGGUGAUGUCGACCUUUGGCGAAAGACUGCAGAUUUGUAG